CCACAGAUAAGUUUUCUUCUGGUUAAAUCUGCACACGAGGAGGUCAGAUACUAUUAUUUAGAUAAUUGUUCGUGUGACAGGGUUGUGAUUUUGGCUGAUUGAUGAAUAGUAGGAGAGAUUUUGUACUAAAUAUAUAUGUAUGUAUGUAUAUAUAUAUAUAUUUAAGGAAACUGACUGGUUGUUUCUGGACUGCAGUUGCCAUCGUCUCUGACCAUUGCCUGUGCAGGCUAAGACCAAUGGGAGAUGGAGCCUAACAAAUCUGGAAGGCAGCAGUUCUCAGCCCUGCAUUAGUAGAACUGCAUGCUACAGUGUAAUAUUCUAGUUAAAGCCCAAAACUAAGAGGGCCAAACGGUUUCUGGAGAAAAGAGAGCCAAAGCUCACAGAAAAUACCAAGACUGCUAUGCUAAUAAAAGGUGGCAAUGCGAAUUCAACAGUGACUGAAGUGCUGAAAGACAUUUACGCUCUGAAAAAGCCUUUUGCUGUUUUAUAUAAAAAAAAAAAUAUUACAAGACCCUUUGAAGAUCAGACCUCACUGGAAUUUUUUUCUAAGAAGUCUGACUGUUCUUUAUUCCUGUUUGGAUCACAUAAUAAGAAGAGACCCAGUAACCUUAUAAUAGGUCGCAUGUACGAUUAUCAUGUUCUGGAUAUGGUUGAACUGGGCGUUGAGAAGUUUGUAGCACUCAAAGAAAUCAAGAACAGCAAGUGUCCUGAAGGAACGAAGCCCAUGCUGAUAUUUGCAGGCGAUGCUUUUGAUAUCAGUGAAGAACACAGAAGAUUAAAAAGUCUUCUAAUUGAUUUCUUCAGAGGCCCUGUUGUGCCCAGUAUUCGUCUGGCAGGUUUAGAACAUGUUCUUCAUUUCACAGCUGUGGAUGAUAAAAUCUACAUGAGAAGUUACAAAGUAUUGUUGAAAAAGUCUGGUUGCAAAAUACCAAGGAUUGAACUUGAAGAUAUGGGGCCCUCACUAGACUUGGUGAUCAGGAGGACACAUUUGGCAUCAGAUGAUCUUUAUAAGUUGUCUCUAAAGCAGCCUAAAGCCCUCAAGCCAAAGAAGAAGAAAAAUAUAUCUCAUGAUGUCUUUGGCACAAAAUAUGGGCGGAUACACAUGCAGAAACAGGAUCUGGAAAAAUUACAGACAAGGAAAAUGAAAGGUUUAAAGAAAAGGCCAGCUGAAAAGAAGACUGAAGAUGGAGAGAGUCCAAAGAAACCAAAGCUGGGGUGAUGGGAUAGGACUGAACAGUACACUCAAGUUAGCUGCUGUUUGAUUUUUUAACUCAAAUAAUAAACUUCUGAAAUUUAUUUUGAAUAAGAUUUCAGGCAAACUGUUCCUCUUUGCUAUUCCAAAUAAUUGGGAUGUUUUUAAAGGGAGGAAAAUUCAUAUAGCUUCAUUGUUUCAUUUGGACAAGUUUCUUCUGAUAACCAUUUAGAAAAGUUACUUCCAUAAUAGCUUCCAGCCAUUAUAGAUGGCCAGCGCUCUUCCUUUUACCUUUAGUUCUUGUCAGUACCUUUUCAACAUGUUAAUGUACAUUUAAAAACACAGUACAGUUACUGACAGAGUGUGUUUGUACUCUGUAUAAUUUUUUAAAAAUAAACCUUUCACAUAUUA